AUGAACUUGCUCGAUCACCCCAUCCUCGCGUUAUGGGCAGCCGUCCUGGUGGUGGUCGCACGACCGUCUGCGGCAGACCAACACCAGACACCUCUGCGUCCCGACCGCGCCGCAUUCAAUGGAGAAUAUGGCAUCGGCACGAUUGACCCGGGAACCUUCCAGCGCGUCGCAGUUCGGACGGAGGAAAGCAUCGAGCGACUGGCAUGGCUAGCCGAGGCGAGCAUAUGCGCCUAUCAUCUCGACGUAUGGCACCUCUCUUCAGAACAGGGUUACGCAGACGUAUUCUUCCCGCCAGCAGCGACGGCUACCUUGAACCAUACUUACUUCCUGAGCGAUCCCGGGCUCCUCCUCCUCCAUUCCGUGCCCAUAGCCGAUCCGCUUCCAAAUCCGCGCCGACGCGAUGACAACGUGAAGACGAUGAAGAAACUGAACGCUUUCCAUCGAAAGUAUCACUCGCUGGAGGAGGUCGACGACUUCCUCGACCGUCUGGUGGACGAGCACCCGAACGUGACGCAAGUGACAACGCUAGGACUCAGCGCGGAAGGACGGGAAAUGCGUGCGCUGACCAUCGGACGCGCUGUGGAAGAGACGCCGGCGUUCAUCAGGGACGACCCUGUUCAUCGGAGACGCGAUAACGCGAAGAAGAAGAGAGGCCGGAAGCUUGGUUUCGUCAUCAUGGGCCCGCAGCAUGCCCGAGAGUGGAUAGGAACGGCAUCGGCGCUUUACUUCGCCCACGCUCUCGCCUCUAACAACUCCGACAUGGGACUCAUGGGCGACUUGCUCGAUCUAUUCACCUUCUACAUCAUCCCGGUACCCAAUCCGGACGGAUACGCAUAUACCUGGGAUCCCCAAGGCGACAGGUUCUGGUACAAGAACCGCCAGAUGACGGAGCCUGAUCAAGACGCUCAGUGCCUCGGUAUCGACAUGAAUCGUAAUUGGGGCUACAAAUGGAAGAAGACCGCGCCGCACAUGCCCACAGGUCCCACCAUUCUCGGAGACGUUCGAUCAUCCGGCGAAGCCACCAACGACGAGGCGAUGUGGGACGACCUGAAAAAGAAGAAGAAAGCAAAGAAGCCGCCUGCGUCGCCUUGCUCGCAAUGGUACCCGGGCCAUCGCCCCUUCGAAUCGCCCGAGGUGAACAACAUCGCCAACUUCAUCGCAACGCUCCCCGACCUCGAGGCCUUCGCCGAACUACGGAGCUACGGGCAGAUGCUGAGCACGCCUUAUUCGUUCUCGUGCAAGAAGCAGCCAGCGCACUCGGAGGACCAACUCGAGGCAGCUGUGGGCGCCGUUAGCGCCAUGAAGAAAAGCUACGGUACUGUCUACACGGCUGGCCGACUCUGCGAAACGCUUUAUCCCGCGCGCGGAAACGUCCUCGACUGGGUGCACGCCAAGGCGGGCGUCAAAUACGCGUUCGCCGCCCAUCUGCGCGACACUGGCACGUACGGCUUCGCGCUCCCUGAGGAAUGGAUACGACCCGUCGGUGAAGAGACCGCGGAUAUGAUCCGAUACAUCGCGGAAUUCAUCGACGGCAUUCACAAGAGUGUCGAUCCCUACUGCUGCACUUUGUACCCCGCCACUAUCGCGGUUUGGGGCGCACUACUCUUCGAUUCCAUCGGUCAACUCCUAUACUCGAACCCUUCUCUCGAGGCUUGGGCAGCGACACAUGCUAUCUCAGGGGGCGACCUGAUCUCCCAAGUUACGACGCGACUUCACGACUUCGCAGACGUUCCGUCGAGGCUGGUGACCAAAUUCCCGCAGGCGGGGCCGGGUUCGGCGCUCUUGUGGACUGUCACCGGGGAUGGGGAGCGCGUUUUGGUCGUGGGCCAGGAUCACCAAUCCCAAAAUGUACUGUCCGUGCCUGAACCUACAGCGCGGCCGAUGAUCCGUCUUCCUUGGUACGAGCAGAAGAGGUUCAUCUGCAUGCAGACAGGCGGAGGUGAGAUGGGCGACCUCGUCAGGGGAUUCGAUUGGGCAUCUACGUCCUUGGGCGCGCUCGAGACGUGGUCGCAAUCUCUGGUCAGUUUUGUUGGCUGCAUGCUUCGCAACCCCACACCUAUGUCCUUGUACGUCGGGGAAGAGCACCUGGUGAUGUACAACGACGCGUUCAAACCUGUACUCGGACCAGGUAAACAUCCUCGCUCUCUGGGACGACCUGCGGAGGAGGUCUGGGCUGAGAUAUGGGAUUCGAUCGAAGUGCCUCUGAGGCAGGCUCUUCAGGGCCGAAGCUACUAUCGUGAGAACGAUUUGCUAUUCUUCGAUCGCCUUUCAGACGGACCCAAUAGUCUUGAGGAGGUCUACGCGUCGUGGUCUUAUACACCUAUAUACGACGAUUAUGAAGUCAUCGCUAUUCAGCUCAUAUUAUACGAACAAUCACAGAAACAAGAUCCCAUCGGCAUGCGACGUAUUUCCACUCUAUCCGACCUAGGAUCUCGGCUGCUGAGCGCUAGACGUAUAUCCGAUCUAUGCCGCAUGUCCUGUGACGUUCUUCGCCAGCUGGACCACGACCUACCGUAUUGCCUCGCGUACACCCGAACGAUUUUGCCGACGGACGACGACGCUUUCAACACCUCCAACUCUUCGUCCGUCGGAUCUGCAUCCAUGACAUCGAACUCACAGGCGUCCUUGGAGUCGACCCGAUUCAAUUUUUCCCUAGAGGAGACUGUCGGGUGUUCGGCUGGCUGCGCUCUCGCGCCAAUGCGGAUCGAUAUCGACAUCGAAGACGAGGCUUCUCCGACUGUGCACGACAUCUUGUGGGACGAUGCUAUUCGGAAGAUGUGCCGAACUGGGACGUGGGUCGAAGCGCAGGUCCUGGACCGCUUCCUCGCGGACGUACCUCAUCGAGGAGUUGCGAGAGCUCGUCCGAGCAGAGCUAUCUGCAUCCCGCUAAAGCAUGGCUGUGAAGUACUGGGAUGCACCAUCUUCUUGUUGAACCCGGCUGCGCCUUGGGGACCGCAGUUCAAGGCGUUCAUGUCUGUUCUCGAGAGACAGUUGAGCUUAAGCGCGACCAUGGUCAAAAGCUACGAGGACGAAGUGCGACGGAGUGAGGAACUAGCGGCACUUGACAGAGCCAAAACUGCGUUCUUCACCGGUGUCAGUCACGAACUUCGGACGCCGCUCACGUUGAUCCUGGGUCCGGCGCAAGUUCUGGGCUCCGACACGAGGCUCACCCCGUCGCAGCAAGCACAGAUCUCGUUGAUCACCGGUAACGCUAAGAGAUUGCUCCGUUUAGUCAACUCCAUCCUGGAAUUCUCUCGUGCCGAAGCGGGUAAACUCAGUGCUCGAUUCACCCCUGUGUCUCUGGGAAAAGUCACCGCGGAGCUGGUCUGUUGCUUCCGUAGCGCAAUAGAGAAUGCCGGGAUGGAGUUGAAAGUGGAUAAUCGUGCCUCGGAUGACUGUUUGGUGUGGGUGGACACCGAGAAAUGGGAGCAGAUUGUCUUUAACAUCAUGAGCAACGCUUUCAAGUUCACCUUUGAGGGUGGAAUUCAUGCCCACAUUUACGCCCAUGAGGAUGAGUUCUUUUUCGAGAUCUCGGAUACUGGCAUUGGUAUACAGAAGGAACAUCUUGGCACUAUCUUCGACAGGUUUACGCGGAUUGAGAACCUCAGGGCGCGCAGCGUGGAAGGAUCAGGCAUAGGUUUAAGCCUGACAGCCGAACUUGUCAAAGCGCAUGGGGGAAAGAUAACCGUGAAAAGUGUUCCGGAUAAAGGAAGCACCUUCCAAAUUCGCUUGCCCCUGGGUUACUCUCAUUUGCCAUCUCAUUCUUUGCUUCCGCCGUCUGAAGAGAAAGGGAGCUCACGCAAUGAUAGCAAAGUCGACGUGAUUCCGGACUCUAUGCUCAUUCCAGUCGUCAUCCCGUCUACUGAAGUUGAUCCUGAUCAACGAUGGUCCGACGAAGACAGCGGCGAAACGACUCCUAUGUUCCCUCCCAUUGUCUUCGGCAAUCGCGCGCGCGCUCGCAUACUACUCGCGGAUGACAACGCCGACAUGCGCACAUUCAUCCGGAGCAUUCUCUCCAGGUACUGGGAUGUCUGCGAAGUCGGUGAUGGCCAAGCGGCAUGGGAGAUGUUGCAAGCAGAUCCAAACUCAUAUGAUCUACUGAUAUCCGACGUCAUCAUGCCUCGCAUGGAUGGCCAGGAACUGGUCAAAGCGAUACGAAGUGAUGAGCGGUUCAUUGGGAUGCGCAUCAUCUUGUUGAGCGCGUAUGCUGGAGAGAAGACGGGCAUAGAAAGCUUGAUAGCGGGAGCUGACGACCACCUGACGAAGCCCUUUUCGACCAGGGAGCUUCUCCUUCGAUCUCACGCACAUCUCCAAUGGGCUGCCAUACAAUCAGAACUCCGGGCUCGCGUUGAAGAGCGUACUCAGGCCUUGGAAGAAUCCAGGGAGACAUUCCGAAGGCUCAGCGAUCUGCUACAAGAAUGGCCCAAUGUGCUUCAUCCCGACGAUCGCGAGCAUGCGGUUCAACUCUACCUCAAGGCUAUUGCUGAGGGUGUAGGGUUCUCCGUGCCUUUGGAGACUCGCAUCCGCGAUCGCUUAACCGGUCUGAUCGUUGAUAUCGCUUAUGAUUUGCAGCCGGAGCUGGAUGGCGACGGCGAAUGCACGGGGUUUGUGGGUGUGUUCACCGAUAUCACAAUGCUCCGCGAACUGCAACGGGAGUCUAUGGCAUCUGAACAGGCUGAAAAUAGGGAAGAGGCGGAACAGAAUCGGCAGCUGCAAGAACAGUUCAUCGACAUCACUUGCCAUGAACUCCGAAAUCCACUGAAUGCGAUCUCGAACUGCGCAGAGCUUCUUGGAGAAUCUCUCCGGCGCAUCAAAAGCAUACAAGAGCAUCUUCGGCAAGACCCUCGGUGGUCGGAAUUCGCAGAAUUUUGCCAACCACUUCAAGCCGACCUCGACGAAGAUUUGGAAGCGGUUGAAACCAUCAUCCUGUGCAGUAGACAUCAAAAACGUAUAGCGGAAGACGACGUGCUUCACAUAUCUAAACUCAGUGGUCAUCUGAUUACGCUCGUGGACACGGAGUUUGAUGCUGAAGAGACGAUACAAUGCACUAUCAAACAAUUUGCUUUGGAGGUUCGGGCAAAGCAUAUCGACCUCAUCUACGAGCGAGAUUCGUCAUUAGAUCAUAUCGGCGCCGUAGUAGGGGACGAAGGCCGGUUCAAUCAGAUGUCGGUUCACGACUGUCUCGUCAUCGCUAUGCUAACGGCGUUCGCCAGCUGUGUCAAUCUGCUUUCCAAUGCGAUAAAGUUCACGGAGAACAUGCCGACACGUCGGAUUCGCGUUCGACUUGGUGCAACACGAGUCAUAGACGAUCCGGACGGGGAACAAGAUGACGGGGCCCCAGGGGACGAACUUCUUCCUCUCUGCAAGGUUUCAAAUUACUGCACGAACGACUCCGAAGAGGGUGCUCCAGUCUUACUUCACGUAGCCGUCAGCGAUACAGGUCACGGCAUGACUGCCGAGGAGCAGAGCCGCAUCUUUCGGAGAUUUGCGCAAGCCUCGCCCAAGACAUAUCGCGAGUUCGGUGGCAUCGGGCUCGGCCUCUGGAUAUCGCGAAGCUUUGCCGUCAAUUCCGAACACUCAGAAGUAGUAACUGUCGAAACAGUAUUCCGAUUCCACAUCAAAGUCAAACGCGGGCAGCUUGAUCGCAUACACGAGAGCAGCGAUAACGAAGCUUCAGGCUUCAGUAUUCUAACAGACGGCUUCACGCAGAACAUCCUACCAAACAGCCACGGAAACGUCUUUGUACACGAACAUCAGCAACACUCCUCGCGCCCGCGCGUGUUGGUCGUAGAAGACAACAAAAUCAAUCAGAAACUACUCUCGAGGAUCUUGAGGGGCUUGGACUGCGACGUCAUAACUGCCAAUGACGGCGCAGACUGCAUUGCGAAGAUAGAUGCUCUUAUUUGCGAACCGGAUACUCCUGCAUUCGACCUGAUACUCAUGGAUCUUGAAAUGCCAGUGAUCGACGGCCUCCAAGCAACUCAGAAGAUUCGCGCAGCAGAAGCCGAUGGGAGGUAUCCCCUCCGACAUCGAAUAGUAGCCGUCACGGCCAACGCGAGGCAACAGUAUGCGGACAUGUCGAGCGCCAUGGGCAUGGACGGAUUCUUGCGGAAACCCUAUUCAAAGGCUGAAGUAGCAGAGAUCGUCCGCACAUUCACGUCGCGAUGA